AUGUCCUUCUACCAUGGCUCCGGUUAUCACCAAAGUACUGACCAGUACACUUUGUCGUUUACCCCGGAGUAUUCCCAUCCUAUUCUAAACCCUCCUCCGUAUGCAGAGCUAAAACGCAUCCCGUUCGAGACUGAUACGGCGCGGCUCGGCUGGGCAAGUGAAAUCUCUAAGGAGGUCGCGUCGGCAACUCCUGCCGGAGGUCGCAACCUAUUUGCCACUAUGACGUAUUACCCAUCAGUGAAGCUUGAUAGGAAGAUGUAA